GUGAGCUUUAGUCCUCAAGACAACGCCCAGGUUUGUAUCACUGGAAAUGGCUUUUUUAAACUUUUUAAGUACAGUGAAGGAACUUUGAAGCAGAUAAAUUUACAAAAGGGGGAGCCGCAAAACUACUUGUGCCAUGCCUGGCUGUCUGAGGAGGAAGUUAUAUGUGGCACUGACACAGGAAAACUCACCUUGUUUGAAUCUGGAAAGCUGCACUGGGAGACACGUGUAGAGUACAAAAAAAACCCCAGGGAACUAGAAGAUGCAGUAACAAAAGAAUACAAGAGUCUGUAUACAUUUCCUGCUUGCAGUUCUUCUGAUGUCUCUCGCGGACUGACCUAUGAAGAUAAUGGCUCCCAACAGGAUUCUUUGCCUCAAAUAUUUGCAGUUGCAGCUUAUUCCAAAGGCUUUGCGUGUUCUUCUAGCCCAGGAGUUGUUUUUCUGUUUGAGAAGACUAAAGGAAAGGAAGUCUACAAGGAGAGUCAAGAAAUAUGGCUUCCUCAGGACCUGUUCAGCGGUGAGCCAAAACAGUCAGGCAGACAGAACAUUAUAUGUAUAUGCUUCAGCCCAUCGGAGGAAGCGAUGGUCGUUAGCACAAAUAAAAAUCAGCUUUACAUAUUUACUAUGCUCCCCACCAGUCUUAUGAAGGAGAAGUCAACUUAUUUUGCGUAUCUGAAUUUCCCAUUGCAUUCUGCGUCGGUCACUGGUCUGGACAUCUGCAUUUGGAAACCCAUUCUUGCUACUUGUUCCCUGGAUAGAUCUGUACGCAUCUGGAAUUACAAGACAAGCACUUUGGAGCUGUAUAAGAAAUAUCGGGAGGAAGCAUACACAGUGUCACUUCAUCCCAAUGGCCUUUUCUGUUUGGUUGGGUUUUCUGACAAACUACGAUUUAUAAGUCUACUGUAUGAGGACAUGCAUGUUUUGAAGGAGUUUGCUGUGAGAAAGUGUAGUGAGUGCUCAUUCAGUAACAGAGGCCAUCUUUUUGCUGCAGUUAAUGGAAAUGUGAUUCAAAUUUACUCCAGCAUCACCUUUGAGAAUAUUAAUAAUCUGAAAGGACAUAGUGGGAAGAUACAUGCAGUUAAAUGGAGCACAGAUGAUGCUAAAUUUGUCUCCUGUGACACAAAUGGUGCUGUGUAUGAGUGGAACUUGUUGACAGGUAAAAGGGAUUCAGAGUGUGUGCUCAAGUCCUGCAUCUACAGCAGCAUUGCCCUGUCUUCUGAUGCCAAAAUCAUCUUUGCUGUUGGAUCUGACCAAACUCUCAAAGAAAUUUCAGAGUCUUCGAUCCAGCAUGAAGUGCCUGCUUUUGGUGUUGUUUAUACUGCAGUCACUGUUUCUCAUUCUGGGCACAUGGUAUUUGUUGGUACCUCUCUGGGGACAAUUCGAGCUAUGAAAUACCCGUUACCUUUGACAAAGGAUUUCAAUGAGUAUCAGGCUCAUGCAGGUGCUGUUACAAAGAUGUCCAUAACAAACAAUGAUCUAUUUCUGCUGACCGCCUCAGAGGAUGGCUCUAUAUUUGUCUGGAAAGUGUGUGAUAAAAGCGUUGGGAUACUGAAAUGGGAAAAGGAAGCUGAGUAUGCUGAGGAAGUGCUGAUCAUGAGGUCAGAUAUAGAAGAGAAGAGUCGGGCUAUUCUAGACCUGCAGAUUCGUGUGAAAGAGCUACAGGCAGAAAAUGAUUACCAGCUACGUCUCAAGGACAUGUACUGUAAUGAAAAAGUAAAGAAAUUAGAAGAGAAUUUCACCCAGGAAAUAGGCUCCCUUAAAACCAAACACCAGAUUGUGCAGGCAGAGAAAGAAAAACAGGAGCUACAACACCAGUUUCAACUGUCUGAACUGAUGAAUAAACAGGCCAGGGAAAUGCAACAGCUAGAAUCUGACAGUAAUCAGAAACUCUUAAUGGAAAAUGAGAAAUACCAGGAGCUGCAAGUGAAAUCCCACAGGAUGCAGGAGCAAUAUGAGAAACAAUUGCACAGUUUAGAGGAAAGCAAAAGCAAGGCUGUGAAGGAGCUAACAGAAUAUUAUGAGGAAAAACUUAAUGAGAAAUCUGUUCUGCUGGAAGAGGCACAGGAGGAUAUGAGGCAGCAGCUUCAAGCACAUGAAGAAAUUAAGAAACAAAUUGAAGAAGAUGUAGACGAAGAAGUACUGGAAAUCAAAAACAAGUAUGAGAGACGGCUCUUGGAAGAAAAGACAUCAAACCUGCAGCUGAAGGGAGAAAUAGGAAUCAUGAAUAAAAGGUUGAACAGCCUACAGAAAGAGCUCAAGGAGCGAAAGACUGAAUCUGGGGAAAUGAAACUGGAACAGCAGAAGCUGCAGGGCAUCAUUAAGUCACUGGAGAAGGACAUCUUGGCACUGAAGACAGAGAUUCAAGAGCGAGCCAACACUAUCCAAGACAAGGAGAAGCAUAUAUUUGACCUAAAAAAGAAAAAUCAGGAACUGGAAAAGUUGAAGUUUGUACUGGAUUUCAAAAUAGAGGAGUUUAAGAAGCAAAUAGAGUCACGUGAAAAUGAUAUCAAAACAAUGAAGGAGCAGAUCCAUGAGAUGGAGGGGGAGCUGGAACGAUUCCGCAAGGAGAGCACACAGUUGAAGCUGAACAUCACACAACUGCAACAGAAACUAAAGGCAACUGAUCGUGAGAUGCACAGAGAGAGGCAGAAGAAGCAAAAUAUGGAAGUUCUCGUCACACGAUUUAAAACAGAUCUUCACAAUUGUGUGGGCUUCAUUCAGGAUUCAAAAAAAAUGAAGGAUGGGAUCCGUGAGCUCUACACCAAGUACGUGCAGCAAUCAGACGUGGUGGAAACUGAAGCAGCAGACACAGAUUUGCAGCAGGAGUACAUGAGACAGCGAGAGUAUCUUGAGAGGAAUUUGGCAGCUUUAAAAAAGAAGGUGGUGAAGGAUCAGGAAAUCCACCGAGCUGCUUACAUGCGCAUCAUGCAGGAAAAUGUGAGUCUGAUUAAGGAAAUUAAUGACUUGCGGCAAGAACUGAAGGUGGUCCAUGCCCAGGUGCAUGACCUCCAGUCAGCACUAAGAUUAGCCAAGAGAAAGCAAGCAACUCAAGACACAGCUCCCUCCAGUGAAGUGCUGUCCAGCCCAACUGUCCUGAGGUUGAAUGCAGAGAAGGAAAAUGAGAAAAUAAUAGAAAUGCAGCAGCUAGAAAUUCAAUAUCUGCGAGACAAAAUCCAGGAGAAGGAAAAAGUCCUUGAAGCACAGCCUCUCUUAGAUGGAAAUCUUCCUAUGGUGAAUCUGUAA